AUGAUCGAGGUGGUGUUGAACGAUCGGCUGGGCAAAAAGGUUCGUGUCAAGUGCAACGAGGACGAUACGAUUGGGGAUUUGAAGAAGCUGGUGGCGGCGCAGACUGGGACGCGGCCGGAGAAAAUUCGCAUCCAGAAGUGGUAUAACAUCUACAAAGAUCACAUCACGCUCAAGGACUAUGAAAUCCAUGACGGCAUGGGCCUCGAACUUUACUACAACUAG